AUGUUAACUAUUUUUUGGUGUGAAAAAAGUAUAGCUGGAAAUAUGAAAGUUUCUGUGGACACUGUAAAGCUUCAAGAAAUCGAGAUGGCCAUGAACGGGUCGUCAGACAAGAAUGGGAUGAAGGUGGAUAAAACAGCCGCCUCGCUCGAUGACGCUAUGCUGUUAUCGGGUUUCGGCAUAUACAACAUAUCCCAUAUGUUGAUGUCUGGCGUGAUUCUCCUGGGCAUGAUCAUGCAGAGUCUGGCGUUGGGCUACAUCCUGCCCGCUGCGCAGUGUGACCUGGACCUGACGCUGCAGCAGCGAGGGUGGCUGUCUGCUAUACCUUUCUUAGCUAUAAUCCUGACGUCGUACUUCUGGGGCUGGCUAGCAGACACGCAAGGCAGACGGCCAGUCAUGUUGUUCUCCAUGAUGAUAUCUGCCGUAUUCUCCGCGUUCGCCAGCUUCGCGCCUGACGUCAUCUCCUUCGGAGUCUUGGUCUUUUUGUCCGCAAUAUUUAUGUCAGGAUCAUCAGCCGUAGUGUACACGUACCUGGGCGAGUUUAACAACCUGCGCCAUAGAGACAAGAUGGUCGCCUUCGGAUCCUCAUUCGUCGGGAUUGGCACCGUCAUCUUGCCAUGUGUAUCCUGGCUAAUUCUCCCACUGGAGUUUGCCUACCCAAUCUCCAUCCUGGGCAUCGAAUACCGUCCCUGGCGACUCCUAGUAGUGGCCUGUGCGAUUCCCUUCGCUUUGGGUUCCGUACUUCUGGCCUUUGCACCAGAGAGUCCCAAGUUCCUGUUCGCAACUGGCAACUAUGAUGCUGCCUUGGAUGUGGUGAAGAGGAUCUACCAUAGAAACACCAAGAAAGACGUUGACACUUUUCCUAUAAAGUCCCUGAUAGUGGACCAACAUACAGCUAAGACCUCAAACGUGCGAGGCCUGGCCGCCAUCUGGAGCUCAAUGAAGGAGCAAACAGUUCCUCUGUUCCAGCGCCCUCUCCUCGCCUGGACUGCACUCACCUGCUUCGUGCAGUUUGGGAUCUUUGCCACAACGAAUGGCUUCUACGUGUGGUUCCCUUCGAUCCUGAACUCUCUGGCGCAUCAUGAGGGAGGAGAGUCCAGGAUCUGUGAUGUACUGGACGCUGGACGAGAUGCCGUCUCCAAUGGAACUAUGAUCUGUGACGACACAAUCCACACAUCGACAUUCGAGCGUUCGAUCUACAUCGGCCUGGUGUUCUCCUCCAUGUACAUCAUCGUGGGCUUCCUCGUGGACUACGUGGGCAAGAAGCCCAUCCUGGUGGUGAUCCUGGGCAUCACUGGGGUCUGUGGGAUCUGUGCCCACCUGGCCUAUAACCAGCAACUGGCCGUAGUUCUGUUCGCCGUGUUCCAAAUGUCGGGCGCCUGUAUCGGACUCAUGAAUGCUGUCGCCGUUGAACUGUUCCCCACUAAAUAUCGAGCAAUGGCGAUCUGUCUAUCAAUGAUGAUGGGUCGAGUGGGCUCCAUGGUGGGCUCCAACCUCAUCGGGCUGUUCCUUGAGGUCAACUGCGGAGCAGGGUUCUAUCUGUUCGGCUCCAUUAUUAUAGUAAACUCCCUCUUCUGCUUGACGCUACCAAACAAGAAGAGGAUACCACACAAGAAGAUCGUAGUAGAAUCCACACAGAACGAGACCCACGAACCGGUAUGA